UGGCACGAUGAAGGGAAUAUUCAUUUUAUUUGCGCUGGUGGCUGCUGCCUCCAGCAUGGAGAAUUUUGGAGGACAACAGGUCCUCCGAAUCCUCCCAGAGAAUGAGGAGCAAGUAACGCUGGUGAGGGACCUGGAAAACCUGGAACAUCUGCAGCUUGACUUCUGGCAAUCCCCCAGAGCUGCCGAGAAACCCAUUGAUAUCCGUGUCCCAUUCCCCAGUCUGCAAGCAGUGAAAGUUUACCUGGAAUCCAACAACAUUCCCUACAGCAUCAUGAUUAAAGACUUGCAGAACUUGUUGGAUGAAGAACAGAGCUCUAUGAAAGCUGCACGUGCCAUGGACAAUGCCCGUUCUACUAACUCCUUCAACUAUGCCAUCUACCAUACAUUUGAUGAGAUCAACAGUUUCAUUGACACCCUGGUGGCUGAAAACCCAAAUCUGGUGAGCAAAAUAGUGAUUGGCAAGAGCACUGAAGGUCGCCCACUCAACGUUCUGAAGUUCAGCACUGGAUCUAACCGUCCUGCUUUCUGGAUUGACACCGGUAUUCAUUCCCGCGAGUGGGUCACUCAGGCUAGUGGAGUCUGGUUUGCUAAAAAGAUUGUUCAGGAUUACGGCACUGAUCCUUCAUUGACUGCUACCUUGAACAAGUUGGACAUCUACUUGGAAAUUGUAACCAACCCUGAUGGAUAUGUUUUCAGUCACACCUCGAAUCGUAUGUGGCGUAAAACCAGAUCUGCUAACCCAGGAUCAACCUGCGUUGGAACUGACCCCAACAGAAACUGGGACGCUGGAUUUGGAGGUCCUGGAUCCAGCUCCAACCCUUGCACUGAGACCUACAGAGGACGCGCUGCUCACUCUGAACCUGAAGUUAAAGCUAUUGUGGACUUUGUGAAGGGUCACGGAAAUAUCAAAGGAUUUGUCUCAAUUCACAGCUACUCUCAAAUGCUCCUCUUCCCCUACGGAUACACCAGCGCUCUUACUCCUGACCAUCAGGAACUGAACAAUCUGGCCAGGGUAGCUGUUAAUGCCUUGACCUCUCUGUAUGGUACAGUGUACGAAUAUGGAAGCAUUAUCACCACUAUCUACCAAGCCAGUGGUGGAACCGUUGAUUGGACCUACAACCAGGGAAUCAAGUAUUCUUAUACCUUUGAGCUCCGUGACACUGGUCGCUACGGAUUUGCUUUGCCAGCUUCUCAGAUCAUCCCAACUGCCCAGGAGACUUGGUUGGCUCUUACAAAGCUCAUCGAGUAUACUAGGGACAACCCCUACUAAUCUCUUUGACUAAUAAUGAUAAUAAAUAUUGAUAUGUAAAAUCAAAUAA